CCCGGCGUGAGAGGCGCCGCGCCCUCCCGCUGCCCUGCCCGGUGCAUGGAGGGGCCCGCUCGGAUCGCAGCCGUCGUAGCCGCCGCCAGCGCGCGCGGGGGGAUGACCUGGGGGUUGGCUCGCGGAGCCGGCUGCCGUGCUGGAGGUGUGGGGGCUUAGCCAGCCCUGCCGAGAGUGAGCCAAGGCCUGGGUUUCCUCUGGACGUCUGCCCCACCUGCUUCUGGAAUUGGGCGCUAUGCAUCCUGACCUUGGACCCUUACCAAUACUGCUAUAUGUUACUCUUGCAAUUCUGUGUUCUUCUGUCUGUUCAGACCUGGCACCUUAUUUCCUUUCUGAGCCACUCUCUGCUGUCCAGAAGCUUGGCAGACCUGUCGUACUACACUGUUCUGCUAAACCCGUGACUGCUCACAUCUCAUGGCUACAUAAUGGGAGAAGAGUGGAUAGAAACGUGGAAUACAUUAAUAUCCAUCGGGGGACUUUGACCAUUCUUUCUCUUAGCCCCUCCCUCUCGGGCUACUACCAGUGUAUCGCCAACACUAGCGCCGGGGCAAUUGUGAGCAGCCCUGCAACUGUGUCCACUGCAGUUCUUGGUGAUUUUGAUUCAUCAGCAAAGCCUGCUAUUAGAGCAGAAGAAAGAAGCACAGGUUUCAUUGGCUGCCAGGUGCCAGAGAGUAACCCCAAAGCCGAGGUACGCUAUAAGAUCCGGGGAAAAUGGCUGAAACAUUCCACAGGAAAUUACAUCAUCCUUCCAUCAGGAAAUCUUCAGAUUUUGAAUGUCUCCUCAGAGGACCAGGGACCCUACAAGUGUGCUGCUUAUAACCCUGUCACUCAUGAAUUAAAAGUUGAACCCAUUGGCCAAAAGCUCCUUGUGAGUCACCCUUCCUCAGACGGUUUCCAGAUUCUUCACCCCGCCUUUCCGCAGACAUUAGCUGUUCUUUCUCAUAGCCCUGUAACCCUGGAGUGUGUGGUGAGCGGGGUCCCGGCUUCGCAAGUGUCCUGGCUGAAGGAUGGGGAGAAUGUUAUGCUGGGAAGUAACUGGAGAAGGUUACAUUCUCAUCUUGCCACAGCUAGCAUCGACCCAGCAGACUCUGGGAACUAUUCCUGUGUGGUAGGCAACAAGUCUGGAGACAGAAAACAUGUCACUUACAUGGUUAAUGUUCUCGAAAAUGCUUCCAUUUCUAAAGGACUACAGGACCAGAAGGUGUCUAUGGGUGCCACGGUGCAUUUCACCUGUGAUGUUCAUGGGAACCCAGCCCCCAACCGCACCUGGUUUCACAACGCACAGCCUGUUCACCCUUCCCCCCGGCACCUGAGUUCAGGAAAUGGAUUGACAAUCACUAGAGUCAGCAUGGAAGAUUCUGGACUCUAUCAGUGUGUAGCAGACAAUGGCAUUGGAUUUAUGCAAUCUACUGGAAGACUUCAGAUAGAAAAAGACAGUGGAUUCAAGCCAGUUAUAAUCACAGGGCCAGCAAGUGCAAAGGUGGUAGAUGGAGACCUUGUUACUUUGUCCUGCAAUGCCACUGGAGUGCCAGUUCCAGUCAUACGUUGGUAUGGCAGUCGGGGAUUGAUAACCAGCCAUCCGUCUCAAGUCCUUAGGUCUAAAACUCGAAAGUCCCACUUACUAAGACCUGGAGGUCUUGACCUGGAGCCUGUCUACUUCAUCAUGUCCCGAGCUGGCUCAAGUUCCCUCUCUAUUCAGGCGGUUACUCAGGAGCAUGCUGGGAAAUACAUCUGUGAAGCCACAAAUAAGCAUGGCACCACACAGUCAGAAGCGUUUCUCACCAUUGUUCCUUUUGAAACAAAUACAAAAGCAGCAACAGUUGAACCUUCUGAAGCUUCCCAAAAUGAUGAAAGAGACCAAAGAGAUGGCUCUGAUUCUGCCUUCCUGAGCUCAUUUCCAGGGAACAUCCAUUCCAGUGCAGUGGGAUCAUCAGAGAAAAAUGCUACUGGCGUUUCUGUUCCUGAUGCUCCCAUCAUACUGAGCCCCCCACAGACCCACACACCAGACACAUACAAUUUGGUGUGGAGGGCAGGGAAGGAUGGCGGACUCCCCAUCAAUGCCUAUUUUGUAAAGUAUCGAAAGCUGGAGGAUGGUGCUGGUGCAGUGGGAAGCUGGCACACAGUUCGGGUCCCAGGUAGUGAAAAUGAGCUGCAUCUAACAGAACUGGAGCCAUCGAGUCUUUAUGAAGUGUUGAUGGUGGCAAGAAGUGCAGCAGGUGAAGGACAGCCCGCCAUGCUUACUUUCCGGACCAGCAAAGAAAAAACACCAUCAGCAAAAAACACCCAGGCCUCCUCUCCACCCAUGGGCAUCCCUAAACAUCCUGUCAUUUCAGAGGUUGCAAACAACAAUUUUGGAGUAGUUCUUACCGAUUCCUCUAGGCACAGUGGAGUUCCAGAGGCACCAGAUCGACCCACAAUCUCCACUGCAUCUGAGACCUCAGUCUAUGUCACUUGGAUUCCCCGGGCAAAUGGCGGUUCUCCAAUCACCGCCUUCAAGGUCGAAUAUAAACGGAUGAGGACCAGCGAUUGGCUGGUGGCAGCUGAAGAUAUCCCGCCUUCCAAGCUCUCUGUGGAAGUUCGUAGUUUAGAACCAGGUUCAACAUACAAAUUUAGGGUCAUUGCUAUCAACCAUUACGGUGAGAGUUUUCGGAGUUCAGCAUCCCGGCCUUACCAGGUGGCUGGUUUCCCCAAUCGUUUUUCCAACCGCCCCAUAACUGGACCGCACAUUGCAUACACAGAGGCUGUCAGUGAUACCCAGAUCAUGCUGAAAUGGACGUACAUUCCAUCAAGUAAUAAUAACACUCCCAUUCAAGGAUUUUAUAUCUACUACCGACCAACGGACAGUGACAAUGACAGUGACUACAAGAGGGAUGUGGUUGAAGGUUCAAAGCAGUGGCACAUGAUUGGUCAUCUGCAGCCAGAAACUUCUUAUGACAUCAAAAUGCAGUGCUUUAAUGAAGGUGGAGAGAGUGAGUUCAGCAACGUGAUGAUCUGUGAGACAAAAGUGAAACGUGUUCCUGGAGCUUCUGAGUAUCCCGUGAAGGACUUGAGUACCCCUCCCAAUUCCUCUGGAAGCGGAGGAAAUAUUGGGCCUGCAACCAACCCUGCCAGAAGCAGCGACAUGUUGUACCUGAUUGUUGGCUGUGUGCUGGGUGUCAUGGUUCUCAUUCUCAUGGUCUUCAUUGCAAUGUGCUUGUGGAAGAGUCGCCAACAGAACGCCAUACAGAAAUAUGAUCCACCAGGAUAUCUCUACCAAGGGUCAGAUAUCAAUGGACAGAUGGUGGAAUAUACCACUCUCUCACCCACAAAUCGGAUCAAUGGGAAUGUCCAUGGAGGCUUCCUAGGCAAUGGCAACCUCAGUAAUGGCUGCUCCCAUCUCCACCACAAGGUCCCUAAUGGAGUCAAUGGAAUCCUGAAUGGGAAUUUAAAUGGAGGGCUUUAUUCUGCACACACAAACUCGCUAACGAGAACGCACAUGGAGUUUGAACAUUCUCAUCUAGUGAAUGGUGGAGGAGUGUACACAGCAGUCCCUCAGAUUGACCCUCUGGAAUGUGUUAACUGUCGAAAUUGUCGAAACAACAAUAGGUGUUUUACCAAAGCCAGCAGCACGUUGAGCAACAGUGCCCUCUCUGUGGUCCCCGUGGGAGCCCCUUACCCUCAAGACAGCCUGGAAAUGAAGCCCCUCCGAGCCAUGAAGAUGCCUGUGUGUCUGGCUUCCACUGUCUCUGACUGUGGCCAGUUUCCUGAGGAGAGCUUCAAGGACAGUGUGGUACUAACACCUACCCAACACUCCUGCUGUCAGGACAACACAAAUGAUGUCAACUCUGAGUCCACAGAAGAUGACCCAGCAGAGUUUAACAGAGGAGACAACUAUCUCCAUUCAGAAACAGAAAACAAAACUUUAAGUUGGAACCCUCUCAUUUUGUCACCUCUCUCAGAAGACUGUACUGAGAAGACAACAUGGUCUCCUCCUGGCAUUCCUUUAGACAGCCCAUCAGGGGUCCUUCAGCAACCCCAGGAAACCUGAGGAUGAUCAUGCUCCCACUGCAAGCUAGUAACUGCACACACCGGCCCGGGGAUGGACAGUAUGAAGGCCAUUCAUUCAAACCAGAGAAAAGCAUUAUUUAUUUUUUUGUAGUCGUAAUGUCAUGAAUGUAUCUUAAAAUGUGUGCCCUUUUAUAUUAUUUAUGCUGUAGAAGUUUCCUCCUCCAUUUCUUCCUUUCCUUUCAAUAGGAAAUGGCCUCAUAUUUCCUAGUUUUCAAGCAUUUGGAGAAUGAGGGGUCAUUCUGUGAUAGUAAGAACUCAUGUCGUGGGGUCCAGUGUUGCUGACCAAUUCAGUAAGAAGGGAAUUGCCCAGUCCAUUUGAAGUUUGCCACUAGCCAUAUUUCCAGAUAGAAAGCUGUCAUUUGAUAUUGUGUUAUCAGACAUUCUAAGAAUGUUUUGAAACCAACCACAAGUGUGACCUAAUGUUUAUAAUAGCAGGAUUGGCUGAUGAAUUGUAUGAGUGCCUUUCACCACGGUGCUAAUAAGACCUGCUGACUCACUUUCUGUCUGCACGUGAGCACAAGUAAUGUUCAAUCUCAAGGUACUAAUUACUAAGCGGUAUUAUGAAGCAGGAAGAGUGCAAGGUCUGGUUGGAUUAUUGCCCUAUGCAGAAAGGAAACCAAGGCCAGAGAGAAAAAAAAAAAUCAGUGCCUUAAUGUCCCACUGCUUUUCAAAAUACAUGCUUGAAACUAACAUUAGUUUCCUAGCUAUCACAAGAGAGUGUAUGAAUCAACUUUCUAUAUAACUAACUGCAUCCAUCUUCCCCAACAUAUGUCUAUAUCUCUUAUAUAUAGAACUGUUAGUGAAAAUGUAUUGUCUCAGCUGGGCCACUAUGCAAGGGUUACUUCCAGGGGAAUGUAGUAGAUCAUUCCCUAGUUGAAUGUUAGGCUGGUGUAGAGUUGGUGUAGAUGCUAGUGCCUACCUUCCAUGUUGCUUUACUGCAGUUUGCCUGGUUUUGGAGGGAGUAAUCUGCAGCCCUUUGCUCUGUGACUAGCACAGGACAAAAGCCUAGUACACAGAAUACGAAAACCUACCCUGUGUGUCUUGCCAAUUAGGUUAGAGUGAUACUUUUAGAAAAUUUGGGGGAGUCCCGUGUUCAGGUGGUCAUUCUGACUCACAAAACAGAAGUAUGGUCAUAGAAAGCCAUAGGUCAGAAACUGCUUUUAAAGAAUGAGGUUGUAUAUGGGACACUGUCCACAGGAAGAGAAAAAUUACCUUUUAGGCAAUCUCAUUGUGGACUGCUUUAUUUAUAUUAUUAGUAACGCUGUUUUAAGUGUUAUCCCUUUUAUUGUAUUUUAUUUAUAAAAAUGCCUUUAUAUAUUGAGAUAUAUGAAUAUAAAUAUAAAUAUAUAAUUGCCUUUAUGUUUAGGAGUUACGAGUUCUCUCUUAGAAUGAGUUGCUCUGAACUUUCAUGCCCUGCACAGUCACCAGACACAGCCCUACCUAAUGUCGAUCCCCCCAGGAGAUGAAAGGCCCUAGGACAAUGUGGGGAACAGCGGUCACAUUUGCAGAGGAACUACUGUGGUCAGUGCUCAUUAAUGAUAUCUCACCCAGUCAUCACAACAAAUCUACAAAAUAGUUGUGGAACUCCCAGGUCAUGCGAUGAGCCACAGAGACUUAACUUGAAACCUGGUUUAUCUGGAGUCGCCUCCCAUUUUUCCAUACCACUUUCCAGAAGCGUGUGGUUUACUCUUUUGACAGAAGCAGUCCCAUUACGUGUGCUGCUAUCUGCCCCAGCUGUGGAAUUUCCCCAAGGCUCUGACUGCAGCCAGGGAAAGGCACCUUCUGGCCUACCAGGGAAGAGCUCUUUGCCUGGUAUUUAGUCUUCAGGAAUCUAUGGUUCAAACUUUGAAACCCCUCCUCUCCCCACCCCACAUUGGAGAAUUUGAUUUUCCCAGCUCAGUGAUGGCAAAGUCAGUUAGAGCUUCUUCUCGUGCCUCUUACCCUAGAGUCCCAUGGAUUCCUUAUUGUACCUAAUCUAAUCUUCCCUCCCGCCCCCACACUUGACCAUUUCCCCAACUCUCUGAUUUUCCUCUGCAUUACAUACUGACCAUCAUCUGGUGAUAAUUGCUAUACAGAGUACCUGUUAUAUUACAAUGUUCUUCACCUUUGAAAUGGUCUUUUCAAAAAGCAUUCCUUGCUAGAGUUUACUUUUGUGUAAUGACUGAGUCUCUGAAGACUAAGGCAUCACUUAUGACGUAUGUCAUUCAGCUGCAGCACUGCCAAGAGGCCACCUUUGUGACUGAACUGCACCUGUGUUACUCUCCUUUAACGUAGUGACUGAGAUGCAUGCUUUGUACCAUAUUGAAAAGUACUCUUUUUUCUUCCCCUCUCAAAGCUGUAAUAUGAUGUUUGAAAUUGUACAUAUUUUAAGUGAUGUAGCUUUCGACAGGUUUUAUUUAGUUGACAUGAUUUUAUAUUAAAAAGAGAAUGCUGCUUUUCA